AUGUCGGCGUCCGAUCGGACGCUCAUUGCGCUCAUUGCGGAUGAGGACUCGACAACGGGUCUGCUUCUCGCCGGCAUCGGCAACGUCGACGAGAAGGGCGAGAAGAACUUUAUGAUUGUUGACAACAAGACUUCCGUCUCGGACAUUGAAUCGACCUUCAACCACUUCACCACGGAGCGCAAGGACAUUGCCAUCCUCCUCAUCAAUCAGCAUCUCGCAGAGAAGAUCCGACCCGUCGUGGAACGAUACACCCAAGCGUUCCCCGCGGUCCUCGAGAUCCCUUCCAAAGAUCACCCCUACGACCCUGCCAAGGAUAGCGUGCUCAAGCGCGUGCAGAAGCUCUUUGGCGAGUAA